AUGAAGUUUCGGGUGAGAAAGCCCUCAACUCAGAUUCUUUCCCAUCCAAUGCAAUCGUUUACAAACACUCUGCAAUUUUUGAGAAAACGAACCAGGUCUACUCCGGAUCCAGCUAUCGUCAUAGUCAUGUUGACGGCCAGAUUAUCAGCAACCUUGCUCACGGCAGCGGCGACGACGACGAGGACGAUGAUGACGACGAAAUUCACGCAAAGCUUGAAUUGGACUAUCACGAUCAGCCAUCAAUUCACCCCUCAUUACUCGAGCCUGCUUUUGAUCCUAUUUUGCAUGGUUUCCCGUUGUAUUUUCCAUUAG